AUGUCAUCCAGGUUUCUGUGUGUUUGCCGUGACUUAUGUCUUCUGUUUUUCACUUCUAAAGGUGAAGAGUUCCCAUUGCUGAGUGACCUUCUGCAGUCUCUCCAGACAGAAAAAGGCCAUUAUGAGAUGAAACUUGCCAAUUCUCUCUUUGUGCAGAAUGGUUUUGACCUCAAAGGUGACAUUCUAAAAGUAUUGCAAAACUACUUUCAUGUACACGCAGAAAAUGUUGACUUCCAUCAGGCUUCUACAGUAGCUGACCAUAUUAAUGAGUGGGUGGAAAACCAAACAGACAGAAGAAUAACGGACCUCUUUUCAUCUGGAGACUUCAGUGAUUUGACACGCCUUGUCCUUGUUAAUGCAGUUUACUUUAAAGGAAACUGGAAGUCUCAGUUUAGGCCAGAAGACACCAGGACCUUUUCAUUUACAAAAGAUGAUGAAAGUGAAGUGCAAAUUCAAAUGAUGCACCAAAAGGGUGACUUUUACUAUGGUGAAUUCAGUGAUGGUUCAAACGAAGCUGGGGGGUUGUACCAGGUUCUGGAAAUGCCAUAUGAAGGGGAUGAGAUGAGUAUGAUGAUUGUCCUUCCAAGGCAGGAGGUGCCAUUAGCUACUUUAGAACCGCUUAUUAAAUCACAGUUGAUGGAAGAAUGGGCUGCCACUGUAAGGAAGCAAAAGGUUGAAGUUUAUUUGCCAAGAUUCAAGGUGGAGCAGACCACUGAUUUAAAGACAGCUCUUGAAGGACUUGGAGUUAGAGAAAUGUUCACCAAAGCUGCAGACUUCUCUGGCUUAACUGGCAAGAAGGAGCUGUUUGUUGCCAAGGCUGUGCACAAGGCAUAUCUUGAAGUUAAUGAAGAGGGCUCUGAGGCUGCUGCAGUAUCAGGAAUUAUUCACAGUAGUAGAAUGUUGGAGUUGUAUCCCCAGGUUAUUGCUGAUCAUCCUUUCUUCUUCUUGGUGAGAAACAGAAAAACAAGAACUAUCCUCUUCAUGGGAAGAGUUAUGCAUCCUGAAGCAAUGAACUCCAGUGGACAUGAUUUUGAAGAACUUUGAAUUCAUAACUAAGUUUUCAAAGUGGUUGAAUUAUACGACUGGUUAAAUUAGAAUAAAAUACAGUUCAGUGUUUCCAAGCACAGGGUUUAAUUCCAGGCACCCUGAAUGCCUCUGGUAUACAAAGUGCUUUCAUUACUGGUAUUAUGAUUGCCUUUUUGGUAAUUCUUAUUAAAUAAAUAAGUUGUAACAUAAAAUCUUGUCUAUUUAAAUUAAUGUAAACAUGCAAAGUGAUUGUGGAAAAUUGUGUUUAAAUGCAUGUGAAAGUAUACUGUGUAUAUUUUAAGAAAAUGUAUAUCUAGCCUUUUCCAUUAAAAUAAACUAAACUAAAAUCUU